GCGUUUUGAAGCAAAUUUUAAAUACCAGUACAUAUUGGAACAUUUACCAAACACUGAAGGCGUAAUCUUAUUGAAUGUUGCAUAGUAUCUUAUCUCAUGAUACAGCUCUGCUGAAUAUACAUGAAUAUUUCUACAACAUGGAGAACAUUCACAGCUUUAUGUAAAUCUUAACGAUGAAAUGAAUUCUUUUUUUUUCUAUAAAAUUGCAUGGGGGAAAAUUCGAUAAAUAAAAUAAAGGUAAGUGAUACUAUUUCUUUGAAACCAAAACCGUAUUUUGUAUUGCAUUGUACUUUAUUUGAAAAUAUUUUGAUGGAGGACGAACAAUAAGCCCACUACGUAUCUCCUCACAUAAACAAAACAUUGAAUUAGGGCAAUACGACACUAUACCAAGAGAAACAGGGACGUGUCAGGAGGGCUACUUGUGAGUGGUCAGACAUCAUUUCCGGUCCUCUUGAUUAUUGUCAAUAAUCUAUGUUCAAAAUAAAAUGUAAUUUAAAUGCAGUACAAAUGAUAUUAUCAAUUUCUGACGUGUAGAAAAUAUAAUAGCAGGCGAAUAGAAUAGCUACAUGCAUGUAUAUUCUAAUACUAGUACCCAGAUGCAUAUACAUGUAUUACGAAAUCACUACAGUUAAACGUGGGGUUAACUUUUUAUGAAUACGAAAGAGAUUUUUUUCCUUUAUCAAUUAAUAUGGCAUUAAACAGUUAUGUGUAAAAAUGAUUUUAUCACAACCAACACUAGCCUCUAUUUAUAUACAUGCUUAAUUAUUAUCCAUUUACAACAUUGUUGUUGUACGAUUUGCUGUCUAGAAUGUUGUCUUGUAAUGGGGCCAAAUUUGAAUCAGACAUCUUAUUAUAUAAGUACUUAGCGGGACUAACAGUAACAAUUGUGAAGAUGGAGUACACACACUGACAUAAAAACACAGGAAAUGUCAGAUUCGUAAAGUGGCGGACUCUCCACACAUACAGGACUACUCAAAAGACCGAGACAGUUUUACUAUUGAAGUGAUUUGAAUUAAUUCAAUUGAAAAUAACAUUUUUCCAUACCUUAUACAUUAUUUCAAAACAGAAGCAUUCAUAGCAAAUUAUAUGGGGAAAUGUAAUAAUUUAUGGUACUUAAUGUAAGCAAAGCACCAUCUACAGUGUACAGUGUAUAGGGAAGUCACAAAUAUUUAAAGUGAAAAUGAAGGUUGUUGUUUAAGUUCUCUGUUUAUUUGUAUUUUGUUCCGUUUAGUUUAGAACGAUCAGAUUAAUCUCGUGAAGGAGAAAAAAUACCAGUUGAGUGGGUGAGGGAAUAUAUUUGUAGUCCUUAUGAAUAAUACCUGGUAUCUCAGGAAAUAUAUUCGUAAAAUUGAUCAGAUGUACCAUUAUCAACGUGGAAGCUUUCCACACGAAAUCGCUGUUUUACAGACGGAAGCAAUGUGGUACUCCUAUCGUACUUUCUGCUUCUUCCUGGAGGGAAAUAUUGAGGAACCAUCCAGAAGAGAUGGAUUAUAACGAUACAAAUGGAACGGAUGCUCCGUUCACUAACUUAUCGAUGUUUUCCAACGGAACAAGAAAUAAUUCUGAUAGUGGGCGAUCAUAUACAAUACCGAAUCCACACUUUAUAUCAUCUGGUCCGGUGUUUGAUGACGUAAAUUACAAAUAUUUGACGUCAGUGUUGUUGCCAUCCCUGGUUUACGUCAGUAUUCUGCUUGUUGUAGGCAUUCCGGGGAAUCUUAUGGUUAUUUACGUGUACUCAUGCAGAUGGAGUGCGAGCACGUCUCGAGUGUUUAUCUUGGCCUUAGGAUCGUAUGAUUUCAUCAACUGUUUAUCGUCUCUGACCACAGAAAUUGUCCUCCUAUCCCGCUUUCUGAAUUUUGACUUUCCAAUCUGGUGUAAGGUAUCCAGAUUUGUGACAGCUUCCAUCAACAGCGGUUCCACCUUCAUUCUGGUUGCCAUCGCGACAGAUCGUUUCCUUAGAAUCUGUAGGAUACACAAAGACCCAAUAUCUGUGGAACUGUCACGAAGUCUCGUUAUCAUUUCUGUGUUCUUUGCGGCCGUGACGUCAUGGCCUACAUUAUUACUGUACGGGACAUACACUGUAAUUAUCCCACUGAAACCGUCGAUUUAUCUAAAAGGGAAAACAUGUCUGAUCACAGACAGUAUGGUGGACACAAAAUACCCGUUAGAAUUUGUUAUUUUUCUGUUUUCCUCUCACUUCAUGGUGGACUUGGUGCUAAUCGUUUUAUACUCUUUUGUGGGCCGAGUUAUCUGCCACCAACAAACUUAUAGAAAGUCUCUAAGACCGACAUCCAAGACAAAGAAUGUCCCCAAAACAGAAGUUGACAAUAAGACAGAGGGUUCGCAGACAAGUACGGAAGAGGACCCUCGACGAACUCCGAUGAGGCCCAGAACCGCAACGUCAAACAGGUUCUCUUUCGUGUUUUGGAAAAACUUAUCUUUAAAAUCUAAGACAGCAACUGUAAAGAAGAAAUCAACCGGAUCUGACAAGAAAUUAAUGAAGGAACUGAAGCAAUCUUUGAAAACGCGUUCGUCAUCAGACUCAAAAGUCCCCAAAUCCCGGAGGAAUAUUCACGCUGGCAAGACCACGUUAAUGCUAUUUCUGGUCACCCUCCUCUUUAUUCUAUCAUUUUUACCUUACUCUAUCAUCGUUAUUCUCCGUUACACUGACCCAUAUUUCUACACGCGCCUGACUUCCGGUGGUAAAGCGGUGUAUAAUGUAGUCCUUCGGUCGUAUUUUCUAAACUCAGUAGUGAAUCCCAUUGUUUAUUGCUUCAUCAGCAAGCAUUUCAGAAAACUCAGCAAAGAAGCGCUCCAGUCAUUAAUCUGUUGUGCACGUGAUUAAUGAUAAACACAUCUCAGCAAACAUGCUCACCAAUCGUUUUGAUAUGGUGUGUACAUUGUGAUUGAUUAAAUAAAAGCUGGAAUUUACAAUUA